UGGGUCACAUCCUGUUUCCACUGUCCAAAACUCAUCGGUAGAACUUCAUUGAAGUUUGGGACUUUAACAAGAAAAGACGAAGACAAAGGCAACGGCUACUGGCUUUAAAGUUUUUAGUCAGUUCAAGACGACGAGCAAAAACGCCAUGGCCAUUCUGCAGCUGUUGGUUGUCACGAUCCUGGUGGCUGGCUCCCAGGCCAAGUCUCUGGUGGCCCGGCAGGGUUUAGGGAACAGCUGCCCGCAGGCGUGUCUCUUCAUCUUCGCUCCUGUCUGCGGCUCGGACGGGAUCACCUACGGGAACCAGUGCGAACUGGAGGUGGCAAUGUGCGAGCAGGAAACGCUGUUCUCCCACCAGCCGAACUACAAGCCCCUGACGCUGGCUCACGACCAUCCCUGUGGAACUGUCAACAAGAAGCGACAGUUCAACUCCGAAUGCCCCAUGUUCUGUCCGGAAUACUACUCCCCAGUUUGCGGCAGUAACGGACAGACCUACGACAACAUCUGCUUCCUGGAGAGCUUUGCCUGCCUUACUGCUGUGAACCGUCCCAACGCGAACCCAAUCACCUUGGCGCACCAGGGCGGGUGUAACGGCGAGAGUCCGUUUACGUUUGGAGGCGAGGGCCGUUAACGCUGCGGCAAGAUGGCGGCAACAGAAAGGGGAGGACCUGAAUGUAGUACUGUCCUACCUGUUCGAUCCGCAUGGUGGCGUUGAUGCCAUCUGUAGCAUGUUGUCUACAUCUACAUUGUCGUGCUAUGUUAAGAGCGCCAAUUCACAUUUCGUUGAAUAAACAACAUUUAUCAAAUCAUA